AAGGAUGGCCGAAUGAUCUCACUUCGCUGCGAAUACUCGGUGACUCGUGACGGGAAGUCUGACUCGUUGCGUCGUGCCUUUUUCUCCAGUCAAUUAUGUCGAGCUGAACCAUAAUAAAUUCGCUCUUUGGUGAAUAAGUCGUAAGGCUACACGCAAUGGGCAAAUCGCAAAUUCCUCAAGUAGUGGCGUUUGCUUAUACUAACUACACAUUAGAUGCCGAAAAAAGGCGACGGCGUGCGGAAUGCCGAAGCUGUGGAAAACCAGUACUCGAAAAAGCUGGUACAACAUCAAAUUUCACUCGUCAUUUGAGAAUGCACCAUCCAGAAGUAUAUCAAUGCUACCAAGAAAGCAAGUUGGAGUCUAACAUAAAUUCACAUAAUUCUGACCACCAGAAUUGCACUCAUCAGAAAUUUACUAACGAGUCACCCGUUGAAUCAUUGAACAAGCUUUCAGAUGAAGCUGUGAAACAUGGUGGCAGUUCAAAUUUAGAUGAACCUCUGACAGCGUGUAUUGUGCCUAAUUCGAAAGUGACGAAAAACAAAAGUACUGGCGUUGUCAAUGUUAAAAAGUUUCCAAUACAUUUGGAAAGCAAAACAAAUCUCAGAGAUGAAUCUUUGUUACUUGAUCUUAUAAUAAAUGAGAGUCUGCCACUAGACAUUGUCGAGUCAAAAAGUUUCAAUGCUUUUUUAAGAAGCAUAAAUGAAAAUGCUGGUUCUAUAAGCCUUGAUACAGUAAAGUCGAACAUUGUCAAGAGAAGUGCAAAGAUUUGGGCUGAUAUAUGGCAGCGACUCAUGAAGUGUCAGUCUGUGAAUGUAACUGUUAAUGUUUGGACUGAUGGAAAAAUGCGUUCUUUCGUUGCCGUCACUGCACAUAUGUUAGAAGAAAGUUCAUAUGGGAUGGAGUUGUCAUCAUGUCUGUUGUCAUGUGAAAGAUUGAUAGGGAAACAUGUAGGUGAAGAAGUUGCUUCUGCUUUUGCUAGAAUUGUAGAAUAUUUUAAUCUUGAAAAGACUUUGGAUUAUAUCAUCGUGGUUGAUUCAACUGACCUGAAAAAUGCACUGUCCAUAUCUUUUCUUCCACAAAACUGCAACUCAGAUGCUUACACACUUGAUAGUGGUGUACAUGUAGAUGAUGACUCCAUUUGGAACUCUUUGGAUGAAAGACCUAAGAAAGCGCUUGAAGUCGAAGUAGUUGAUCAUGCAAGACAGUCGUCUCUUCAGUGUUUUGAAGUUUCACUACAUGCUUUCCUUCACAAUGUCUUGGAAAACACUGAAUGUAUACGUCAGCCUGUGCUAAAAGUUUGUUAUUUUGUCUCUGAAGCACACACCAAUCCUAGCUUUGCGGCGAGUCUUAGCAUCAAUUUGUCAUUGAAUGUAGAUAGUCUUACACCCAAUACCAGACGGUGGAAGCCAACUAUACAAAAUAUAGAAGCAAUACUUCGUUGUAAUCAAAAAAUAUUGAAUAAUUUGUGUGGACGUAAUCAUGAAAUGGGCAUGAUAUUGACUGAGGAGGAUUAUUCCAUGCUAAAAGAAUUAUUAGAACUUCUGCGACCAUUCUAUGAAUCUACUUUAUUGGUUGAGCAGAAAAGCUGUUCAAUCAGUGUUGUUGUUCCAACAGUGCUUUCACUAUACAAGCAUCUGAUGAAUUUCACACACAAAGUAAAAUGCCUUCGGAAUAUGGUUACUCACAUGAUAGAUUCCUUGUACCUUCGUUUUAAAGGUAUUUUCAUCAAUGUGGGAAUGUCUGAUUUGAAUUUAUAUGAUGAUCAUACUGGGAAUGCACUCAAUUUCAGUGAGCAAGUUUACAUCCAAGCAGCUGUACUUGAUCCCACUUUCGGAUUUCAGUGGUUGAAAUUUGUUGACGCUGACCUCAGCAUCAAGAGGAUGUUGAAGAAAAAAAUAAUGGAUGACAUUGCCAUGUCCGCGGAAUCUCAGAUGUGUUUUGAAGCAGCGAAUAAUAUCAAUGCCAUAGAUGAUGAAGAUAAUCAGCCUCCAGCAAAAAAACUUAAGUCGUUCGGAAACUUCGAAAAAAAUGCCAGUGAUGAGGAAAAUACAACUUCUGGACAACUACAGAAAUAUCUUAGUAUGGUUGAAUUUAGUUACAAAAUAAUUUCUUGCUCUGAAUUUUGGAGCAAUAACAAAACUAUUUUUAAUCUCAUUUUUCCUCUUGUAAGACGUAUUCUUGCCGUCCCGGCACAUUCUACGUUAGUCUCGCAUGUCAUGGCAAGGGGUGGGGUAAUGACUAGAUCCAGGCAAUCGACAUUGGAUGAUAACAUGCUUUCCCACAUUGUUUUUUUGAAAAGCAAUUUUGAUUAUAAAUUUCAUUAUAAAGAUGAUGGUUAUGUAUGAUUGUAAAUGUAUCUCUCUUUUCGCACAGUCAUUUUAAUUCCAUUAAAAGUUUGAUCAUUUUA